AUGCAGACGAAAAUAUUCUAUAGAAACGAACCUCCUAUCCCUACACAACUACUAAAACGAGCGCUCAGGCUAAUUCCCUGGGGGUACUCCCAUACAUUACCUAUUACCUAUACGGGUAUAUGCCGCCCAACGGGGUCGUGAUUUUGAAGCUCCUGAUUUAGAACGGGGUAUCCAUUUCAGAGGCGUUUUCUAGGACGGGGUAUAAUAUUUCGAACGCACGAAAGCUCCAGUUUAUCUCCAGCUUUAUCUUCAGCUUAAAAUUGUUGCUGAUAAAAACAGGGCAAUUUCAAUUUACAAACUUUCUAGAACGCGAGUAUAAAAAAUUGGCCCAUUUCUAGCACGGGGUAUCAGUUUCAGGGCGAAUUCUAGAACGGGCUAUAAAAAAUUUUUUAGAACGGGGUGCCAAUUUGGAGUCCCAGGCGGCACAUACCCACCCAAAAAAUACCCAAGUGCCCCCCUCCCUCCCCCCUCCGGGGCUAAUUCUCCAAGAAAAUUCUUUCCAGUUUAAUGGUAAAAACUACCUUCAAACACAUGGUACGGCCAUGGGCACGAAAAUGGCAGUCGCCUUUUCUAAUAUAUUCAUGAACAGGGUAGAGACGGAAAUCCUUAGCCAAAGCCUCUCAAAACCGCUCGUUUGGAAACGUUACAUAGACGACAUCUUCUCGCUCUAG